CACGAUACGCAACAUGCGGAUGUGAUUCGAAAAGCUAAGUCGUCCUGAACUUGGCCGUGACUUUGAUGCCUUCCCUCAGGCAUAUUCUUUACCCUCAGGAUAUUUAAGAUACUUCCUGAUGCUCUAAAUUAAAAAAAUGAUUUCACCAAUUGCAGAACCCGUCAAAUGAAAAAUUCCUAAAAUAUCUACUUAUCUCUAAAACCGAUUAAAAAUACCUUCAAUUUGGCCGAUUGUGUCAUCAUCUGUGAAUGUUUUGAAUUUUUGUUGUGACGUGUGCUACUGUUGUCCAACAUACACGUUUUCUUCAUCGGUUGUAUUGAUCUAAGAUUUUAGUUAACAAUGAACAGCCAUAAUGGACACCCCAGCUGGCCUGAAGAUGUUGGAAUCAUCGAUAUUGAGAUAUAUUUUCCAUCAUAUUACGUAGACCAAGAGGAGCUUGAAGUUUAUGACAAUGUUUCUAAGGGCAAGUACACCAUUGGCCUGGGUCAGAACAGGAUGGGUUUUUGUUCUGACCGAGAAGACAUCAAUUCCUUGUGUCUGACAGUUGUAGAACAGCUUAUGCAGAAACGAGGUUUAAGUUACAGCCAAAUAGGGCGACUUGAAGUUGGAACUGAAACUAUCAUUGACAAGUCAAAAAGUGUAAAAACUGUGCUUAUGGAACUGUUUAAGGAGAGUGGCAACCAUGAUGUAGAAGGUGUUGAUUCCACUAAUGCCUGCUAUGGAGGGACAGCUGCUCUUUUCAAUUCUGUUGCAUGGGUUGAAUCCAGUGCCUGGGAUGGUCGUUAUGCUUUGGUUGUUGCUGGGGAUAUAGCAGUAUAUGCUGAAGGUAAUGCUCGACCCACUGGUGGGGCUGGAGCAGUAGCAAUGUUGAUUGGACCCAAUGCUCCCAUUAUAUUGGAAAGAGGCUUGCGUUCAACUUAUAUGGAGCAUGUAUAUGAUUUUUAUAAACCUAAUUUAAUGAGCGAAUAUCCUACUGUUGAUGGAAAGCUGUCUGUCCAAAGCUAUGCUAAAGCACUAGAUAAAUGCUAUGAAGGAUUUUGCAGGAAAGCAGAAAAGUUUUAUAAAUCUAAAGGUUGUAAUGUACAAGAUAGAAGGAAGAAAGAUAAAAUGGGCUUUACCCUGAAAGACUUAGAUGCUAUGUUGUUUCAUACUCCGUACUGUAAGCUAGUGCAGAAAGUCUGGUCCCUUUCGUUUAAUGAUUUCAUACGAGAUCCUGAUCCAGACAUGAAUAAUGAAUAUAGAGGACUAGAAGCAUAUCGUAACCUUAAAUUGGAGGAGACAUACUUUAAUAAAGAAGUGGAAAAAGCAUUUGUGGAUCAUAGCAAAUCUAUAUUUGAAAAGAAAACAAAACCCAGCCUUUUGAUUGCUAAAGAAGUGGGCAACAUGUAUACUCCUUCUCUAUAUGCCUGCCUUGUUUCUUUUAUAGCAAGUCAAAAAAUAGAAGACUUAAAAGCAAUUAGAGUAGGGAUGUUUUCUUAUGGCUCUGGUUUGGCUGCCACUCUGUUUUCCCUUCGUUUCACGGAUGAUAUCAUGAAAGGUUCUCAGUUACGUUACUUGCACGACAGUCUUCAAAACAUCAAAUCUAGACUUGUGAACAGAAGGAAAAUAAGUCCAGAGAAAUUCACAGAAAUUCUGAAACUCAGGAAUGCUACUCACCAUCAAGCUCCUUACACACCCGUAGGAAAGGUGGAAGAUCUGUUUCCCAAAACCUGGUAUUUAGAUCGUGUGGAUGAGAAGCACAGGAGGAGUUACCUACAAACAAAAGAGGCUCCCUGCAUCAAACGUAAUGGAUGCUUCCCCAAAAUAAGUGCUAACUUGCAUUGUGAAAGCACUCGAGUUGGUGAAGAUUUUUGCAAAAUCAGUGCCACACCUAUUUCCAUAACAGAAGGACUGCAGCUGGUCUGAAUGCAUCUACUAUUUAUUUUAUUUCGUGAAGUUAUGGAAUGAGUCUUAUUAAAUCUGUUGUACACAGAUGGUGCAUCUAAGAAUAAUUUUAAGUAUACUUUUAUUUUAAGAUGUAUGCAAAAAUAUCUUGGACUUGUGAGCAAUUUCAAUUUUCUGUUGAGCAGAGGUAGCUAAAAAUGGCUUUAGCAGCUCUUGUCAGUGCAAGCAUAUUUUUAAUUCUAUAACUGUAUUUACUAUUUUAAUUACUGGUCGAUCCUAUUGAAUUUCUGAGUAAAAUGAUAAAAAGUUCCAUUGUUUAAAGUGCAGAUCUUGAUAUAUUACAUUAUAUUAUCUUUAUGGAAACUAAUAUUUAUUAUUAAACAGUGCUAAUGAACUGCAGAUUUUUUAUGAAGGAUGGGGAGUGGAAAGUUCCAAAUCCAUGCAUGUAAUGACUGUAAUGAAAUAUAUAUUUGUAAUGGAGAUCAGUAAUUUGCAGUAAAUUGACUUUUUGUGAUGUUAUCUCAAGCAGAGACAAAAUCAGUAGCAAUAAUUUUCCUACAGAGUUCUGAUUUUUUCUUUCUGAAAAAUGUUAUUGAAUUUUAUAUAUAAUGUGUUCAAAACACUUUUUUUUUUUUAAAUUUUCCUAUUUGAUUAAAUUUAUUGAAAUAUAUUGUUAUGUGGAGUAAUUGAAAGUAUUUUAAAAUAGAUUAUUUAAUAGUUUAUAUGAAAUUAGCAAUGUUUUAAUCACACAUUUGUAAAGCAAAACAACUGUUUGUUUUUAUAGUGGAUUUGGAUAAAUCAUGAAUUAAGUUAUAUAAGUAAUGGUUAAACAUCAUGUAAAAUUUAAGAUUUACAUUAAAAUUAAAGUUAAAUCUUUCAAAAUUACAUCUGUUGAUCACAAUUUUUAUUUAUAAUGGUAAUAUCUUUUUUUUUUAAUUGCAUCAUGAAUGGUGUGUAGUCAUUAUUUAAGUAAGUGUGUGUGUGGAGGGGGCAGUGAGUGAAUGUGAAUUAAAAUUUAUAUUUAGUAUGGAAUGUAAAGUAUUCAUUUUUGAAUCAAACUUAUAACAGUAUUUUCAGAUCAGCACAUAUUGUUUAAGCAUAAUUCAUAAUAUAAUAUUCAUAAUAUUUAUUAAGCAUAAUUUAUAAUUAUAUAAUAUUUAUUAUAAUUUUAUUCAGUUUUCUUAUUAUAAUUGUUAUCCGAGCAUUUAGCAUAUCUAAAAUAACAUAGGAAUCUAAAACUAGUAUGCCUAAGUUAUUCCAUUCAUGUGUAUGAAUGGAAUUCAAAAUUAAGUGCUUCCCAAAAUGAACUUUUUAAACCCAUGAAGUAAGUUUGCAUUUUACUUAUUGAAUUUGUGAUAUAUGGUGAAAUUUUUAAAUUAUUUAAGGUGAAAUGAUUGAUAAUUAGCAAUAUUUUCAACUUGUUUAGUAAUAUGGAGAUAGAUCAGCAAGCAAUAAAAUUUAUCGCCGAUCUUGCUGAUCAACUUACUAUUACUAUUCAGGGUUAUUGUGUGUCUUUUAUCUAAAGUGAAUAUUCAUGGGUUUUAAUAAAAAAAAA